AUGUCUUCUUCACUUUAUCUUAUAAACCCUAUAGAAAAAUCAUCAGAAAAUAUAACAGGAGAAACAAAUUUAUUAGAACAUUUUAAUCUUUAUAAAACAUUAAAUGAAUUUAAUUCAAAACAUUUAUCUUCAACUUAUAAAUCUUAUGUAAAGAAUUUACCAGGUGAUAAUUAUAUUAAAAGAGAGAAAUCAAAGCAUAGUAGUAGUAGUAGUAGUAAUAAUAAUAAUAAUAGUAAUAAUAAUAAUAAUAGUAAUAAUACAAAUGCAAGUGGUCAACAAGAUGUUAAUAUGGGUGUACCACCACAGCAACAACAACAACAACAACAACAACAACAACAACAACAACCUCAACAACCUCAACAACCAGAACCACCUAAACCACCAGGAGGUUUAACAAGAUUAGUUGAAGGUAACUUUUUUGAUGAAAAUCAACAAGAAUUAAUUUUAUUAUCAUUGGAUGAUAGUCAAUUGAGAUCAGCUUUCACUUUAUUAGAUGGUGGUUAUCAAAGACCUGAUAAAGAUAAAAAGAGAGAUAAAAAACAUAGAGAUAAGAAAAAGAGAAAACAUAGAGAUGGUUCAAGUAGCAGUUCUACAAGUGGUGAAAAGAAAAAAUCAAAAAAAGAUAGACCUGAUGGUAGUCAUCAUCAUAGUAAUAGUAAUAACAAUAAUAGUGGAAAUAGUAUGAAUAGUAAUAAUAUGAAUAAUAAUAAUUUGAAUCAUAAUAAUAAUAAUAAUAUGAAUCAUAAUAAUAUGAAUCAUAAUAAUAAUAUGAAUCAUAAUAAUAACAUGAAUAAUAAUAUGAAUAAUAAUAAUAAUAAUAAUAAUAAUAAUAAUAAUAAUAAUAAUAAUAAUAAUAUGAAUAAUAAUAAUAAUGGUGGCAAUAUAACAGUUGAGCACUAA